AUGAGCUCACAGGUAUCUCUGGAGAUGCCCCCCCCCCCCCCACCCCCACCCAUCCCCUCCUACAAAAACCUGGUUCAGCUUGCAUCCACCGGCCCCAUGACCCCGUGGCCGAACAACAGCCUCAUUCUCUCCACCGCUGCUGACCUCAUUAGCCUUGAUGGAGACGCGUUGUCAGUGAUUGAAAAUCCAGUGGCUGUCAGUCAUCAUUUUCACUCAGAAACUGCAGCAGGAGUUGUGGGAACCAAAGGAGUCCAGGGCUGGUUGAAGGGAGCUCAUUCUACAACUCACGCCUACAGACUAGUGAGGUUGCUGGCUGCGGUGUGCGCCGUUGGACUCCUAGGAGGCUUAGCUGUAGGUGUCUGGUUUCUAGUGAAGCUUCUGCUGAGGUCGUCUUCUUCCCAAACUCCAGUCGGGAUCGGAGACACAAAGGAGACGUCGUUCUGCAACGUGACUGAGGAUGUUUCUAUCUCUGACCCGAGGAAAGUGUUUUACAGGAUCAGCUCAGAGAACUCCCUCCUGGAGAUCCAGCUGGAGAAACCGCACACCUGGCUGCCGGUUUGCUCAGAGAGGUGGAACUCCUCGCUGGGAACGCUGGUCUGCAGACAGCUGGGCUAUCUGAGACUGACCAAGCAUAAAGGAGUGAAUCUAACAGACAUAGGGCCCAACCACACCGAUGGUUUUAUACAAAUUGCCUCAGUGCAAAAGAGCAGUCUUGAAAAUAUGUGGCAGGUCAGGGAGAGCUGUAUCACGGGGAAGGUUAUCGCUUUGCAAUGUUUCGAGUGCGGGACACGAGCAAAGCUGCCCAGGAUAGUAGGAGGAGUUGAGGCCACCCUGGGCAGGUGGCCCUGGCAGGUCAGCCUCUACUACAGCAGCCGUCACACCUGUGGAGGGUCCAUCAUCACCAGUCAAUGGAUAGUAACAGCAGCCCAUUGUGUGCACAACUACAGGCUUCCUCAGGUAUCCAGCUGGAUGGUCUAUGCUGGCAUUGUGACCCGUAAUUCUGCUAAAGUGGCUCAGCACGCAGGAUACGCUGUAGAGAAGAUCAUCUACAACAAAAACUACAACCACAGAAGCCAUGACAGCGAUAUCGCCCUGAUGAAGCUGCAAAAGCCGCUCAAUUUCUCAGAUACAAUUAGACCCAUCUGCCUGCCUCAGUAUGACUAUGAUCUCCCAGGUGGAACGCAGUGCUGGAUUUCAGGAUGGGGAUACACGCAGCCCGAUGGUGUUCAUUCCCCUGACACCUUAAAAGAAGCACCCGUUCCAAUAAUAAGCACAAAGAAAUGCAACAGCUCCUGCAUGUACGACGGAGAGAUCACGCCGCGGAUGCUUUGUGCCGGAUACACAGAGGGAAAAGUAGAUGCAUGUCAGGGGGAUAGCGGAGGUCCUCUCGUUUGCCAGGAUGAAAAUGUGUGGAGGCUAGUUGGAGUUGUCAGCUGGGGGACAGGAUGUGCUGAACCAAACCAUCCAGGUGUUUACACCAAAGUGGCUGAAUUUUUGGGCUGGAUCUAUGACAUAAUUGAGGUAAAGAUAACGAAAACAACAACAAUGUAG